AUGGCUGAAACUCAACCAUCUUCACGUCACUCCUUUCUGCUUCUCUUAGCAUGCACCCUUUUCCAACAACUUUACGCAUCCAACACUAAAAUCGGAAUCAACUAUGGCACGGUGGCAGACAACCUCCCACCGCCCUCAACGGUGGCCACCUUCCUCAAAUCUAAAACCACCAUCGAUCACGUCAAAAUCUUUGAUGCCAACACUGACAUCCUCCACGCCUUUGCAGGCACCGGAAUCUCCGUAACCGUCACGGUAGCGAAUGCCGCCAUCCCCUCUCUCUCAACGCUUCCUGGUGCGCAAGCUUGGCUCUCCCAAAACAUCUUACCAUUCCUUCCGGACACUGCCGUGACGCGUAUCUCCGUCGGGAACGAGGUCGUGGAAAGCAACGACAAAACAUUAAUCAUCAACAUUCUUCCAGCUAUGAAAUCCCUCCACGAGGCUCUCUCACUUGCCAACCACACCACUGUCCAAGUCUCCACUCCUCACUCGCUUGGGAUUCUAGCAUCGUCGGAGCCUCCCAGCGCUGCCUCGUUCCUUCCUAGCCACGACAAAGCCAUCUUUGCACCAAUGUUGGACUUCCUUCGACGAACCAAGUCCCCCUUCAUGGUGAACCCCUAUCCUUUCUUUGGUAUUGCCCCAACUGUACCCGAGACUGUGAACUACGCGCUCUUUAGACCAAACAGCGGAGUUUGGGAUGAGGGCACAUCGGUGAACUAUACGAACAUGUUCGACGCGCAAAUGGAUGCGGUUUUCACGGCAAUGAAGAAACUAGGCUAUGAUGAUGUGGAAUUAGUGGUGGCCGAAACGGGUUGGCCCUCUGUUGGUGAGUUGAACGAAGGGGGUGUGAGUUUUGACAAUGCGGCAUCGUAUAACGGGAAUCUCAUCAAGCACGUUAACUCUGGCAAAGGGACCCCUCUUAUGCCUGGUCGGACUUUUGAGACUUUCAUCUUCUCUCUGUUCAAUGAGAAUCUGAAGCCCACAGUUUCUGAGCGUAAUUAUGGCUUGUUUUAUCCUGAUCUUACCCCCGUUUAUGACGUCGGCGUUUUCACAUCUAGAUCUAGUCCCACAUUUGCACCCACAUUUGGACCGACAUCUCGACUCGCAUAUGGUCCCACAACAUUAACACCAUUAGAGGCACCCUCUUCUUCUUCAUCGUCUUUGAAAAAGAAAUGGUGCGUGCCAAAAGAGGAUGCGAGUGAAACAGAUUUGCAGGCUAACAUUGACUUUGUUUGUAAAAGCAGUGGAAUAGAGUGUGGGCCCAUUAAUGAUGGUGGGCAAUGCUUCGAACCCAACACAAUUAGGUCUCACGCGACAUACGCCAUGAACGCAUAUUACCAAGCAUCUGGUGGUAAUGAUUUGGACUGCGAUUUUGGCAACACUGGACGCAUCACUUACACCGACCCUAGUUCCCAGGAUUGUACGUAUCCAGAUGCCGCUACUUGGUUGAAGGCCACAAAACCCGACACAGCUGGCUCACUAACACGAGCCUUUCACAAUAAAAAUGAUGAUGAGAAGGAUGCCAUCAUUGCUAAGCAAAGGAGAAAGAUUUAUGAUGUGGAGAAAUCACUGAGAGUUUACAAAAAAAAGGAUCCAAUUGUUAGUAGGAGUGGUUUAAAUUGUUGGUGCAAUGAACAUUGUAAUGAUUUCUGUAAUAUGUGGCGCGCGCAAGCUAUGGGUAACAGAAGGAGAAGGAACACCGUUGGAGCUGAUGACAUAGCUCAGGCGAUACAUCUCAUGGUGGACGCGAUGCAGCCCAUAUCAGCGCCACCCAGAGCUAUAGUGGCACCUACCAGGCCGGUAACUAUGGAGGAUUUCAUGAAGCAUAGGCCGACCAAGUUCUCUAGCAAGGCAUCUCCUGAUGAGGCAGAUGCCUAG